AUGAAUCGCCAACGACCGCGCCUCAAGAAUGGGGUCGAUCUCCAGCUCCAGUCGGCCUUUCAAGACGGCAACUGGCCGGUGGUGAUACGCCUGGCUGAGAAGCGCGCAAAGACGCUCAAUGACCAGUACUACGAGCUUGUCAAAGUCUGUGCCGAAAGCCAGCUCGACGACCCCAGUGCCAAAUUUGCUGCCGUUGCGGCCAUCUGGAAGUUUGUUAAGGAGGGCAGCACCAUCAAGGAUGUAGAUGCCAUUGAUCUGAUGGAAUGGGCCACCACGAAUCUGAUGGACCCUGAUGACUUCGCUGAAACUCUUGGGCCGUUGAGAGUGCGCUGUGUUAAGGCUGCCCCGAAGGACAAGAUUGCGGCCUCGCGGUGUCUCGAAUCAUGCUUGCUUCACUGGGACCUCGCCAGCGCUCAACAGAUGAGUCCUCAAACCUCGCCCGACAAAAGAAAAUUGUACGGCACUUUGGCUCAAAAGCAGAUUGAGCGAGCUGCCCAAGCCACAGAACAGGUGGAAGCAGACUCAAAUGGGGCAGGAGCCAAAUCUUCCCCGAGACGCGUCAAAACAGAAGAAGAGACCCUUCUGCUCUAUGACAUUAUCGAGACACACGGAAGCCCCCAAGACUUUCAAAAACUCAUCUCCAGUCCUGUCUUUUCUCCUGCUGCACAGUUCCGUCGCGGCCGAAAGGAGGUGGCCCUUCGCGCCGUUGCCAAGUUUAAACGAGAUGGAGACUGGCGUGCCGUGUUCAAUCUCUGCAAGGAAUGUCUGUCUGACUGCGAUGCGGAUGGGCAACUCACCUUGCUCGCAUCCGAUAUUGCUGUAUGGCGGAACUUGAUUGAUGCUGCAAGCCACAUAAAGGAUGCUGACCCGGAGUCUACUGCCGUUAUUCAGAAGCUGCUUGCGGACUUGUUAUCGUCUAAGCACAUGCGACCCAUGUACAGACGCAACAUUUUGCUGGCCAGAGUAUUGGCGGUAUUCCAGCUUGCCCACGACGAUGAGAGCGACUUGGUAGAUGGCCAUCCUUCGUCACUGCGGCUUCAAGAGCUCAUUCGCUACAUUGACGAUCAGUAUACUAGCCCCGCGUGCUUCAGCGACGUCAAGUCGCUGUUAGAAAGCCUGGAUGUAGCCGGUCUGAAGUAUCUGGCGUUUGAGCAUCUGCCUCAAUUGGCGCAUGGCGAUUCAACAGACUUCAAAGUAACCAGCACACAAUUGCUGGCGUUCAAGACACAGUACCUGCUCUUGACGCAUCGCAAAAGCAAAUCUCGCGACCAAGGUCAGCGUCUUCAGUGCACCGUCUGUGACAGCACUGUAAAAUCAGCACUAUGCCAGACUUGUCUGUCAAAGCUCUCCGAGGCCAGUGUCGCGUUCUAUGACUCGGUAACGAGAGCUGAAGACGUUAACGCAAAGAUCAAGACUGAGGUGCUCCCAGAACUUGCAAUAUUGAUUGCUUUCUGCAGCCUGAGCCUUGCCUUUGACGACUCUACACAGACUACCCAGUCGUUAACAUCACAGGCCAGGCGCCAUCUCAUACGUGCCACGCUUCUCCUGGAGGAUCAGCUCGCUCAGAAUCCGGGCCAUAGCCAGCUGUCUCUUGUUCUGACGCAACUGCACAUCCGCCUUGGUUCGGCUUACAGGGCCAGCGAUAUCUGGGAUGUUAUCGGCGUCAAGCGCACCAUCAUCGACUCUCUCGGCCCCGUAUUCUACGAUCGCCUAUCAACAAUCGCCCCUGCGCUUCUGUCGUCUUAUGAUAGCUGGGGCAGCCAUCUCAUGGAUCUGCUGCAGUCUCAUUACCAGAUAUCAUUGAAGCUCAGGAUGCCUCGUCGCCUGAUAGAUGCGUUUGAAUCGGGGAGCUACAGCAGCGUCAUGGGAAUUCCCGAAUACAUUGACCGCCUUCGGAUGAGCUGCACUAGGGCAAUGAGUCUAGCAGAAGCACGAAGAAUCGAGAGAUUUCUGGGACAGACGUCGCACGAGCUGGAGUCCGAUCCGCGAUUCAGUGAGGUAGUUGACGAAGCGCAACUCAUCGAGACCAUUGAUUAUGGCUCGUUUCCAUCUUGGAACAGCAGUACGAUCCGGCCGAUGCACAUCAAUCUCAGGCUUGGGCCAGCCCCUUCAAAUCGUCGUUGCCACCUCUCUUUGCUGGCAGAAGCGUUCCACGAGCUGCUGACGUACAAGCCUCCGGCCAGCUUCAAAGCCUCAGCAGGAAGCUCGGAAUAUGAUCAUAUCUAUUUCAUCGAGACCUUGGCUCGCCUUAGCAACUCUUUCCCGAAAUUCUUGGCCGGCCCUGAUGACGAGAUGACUCGACCAGAGCUUAUAUACUUUGAGACCGUCAGCCUCCUCUGCACACUGAUGUCUCUGUGUGUCGAGUUUGACCGGUCUUCCGAUAUCAUCGAUGUCUUGAACCAGAUCAUCGGCGCACUCAAGUUGACUCUUGAAAGCCAGCGAAGCACCCUGUCUCACGAUGCAGAUUCUUCGAUAGAACGCACAGUUACGAUGCUGGGCUCAAUGCACAAUAUCUCGAUGCUCCGAGACACGACAACCGCGAUCAAAUCUGGAGUACAAUGGCUAUUGAGCCACAAUGAAAAAGAAAAGGCGCGCGACAGGUCAGGGAAGAGCGGUCUGCCCAAGGACUUGGUUGCUCAGUUGAAGGACCUGCAGACAGCUGCUGAGGCAAGCAUUAAAGAAGGUCAGGGAUGGAUCUCGAAGCUCAAGUCGGAAGUCAUGUCGAGGGAUUUUGAGCCCAAACUCAAGAGAUGGGUGUUGGACGGGGACCACGAGAUUAAGAAGAUUCUUGGCAUGCAGUCGCUGCCGGGGCUGAUUGAUAGCUGGCAGUCAAACGUCAAGGGGUGGCAACAAGUGAAGUGGGCGUGA